AUGUUAUCCCGCGGCUCUCAGGUCUUCAACUCCAUUUUCCUCUUGGGAUCUCUUGGGAGUUUCUUCGUCCGCGCGCAGAAUGAUUGCAGAGCUCGAAGUUUCGGCUGCUGGCGCAUCUCCCAUUCCAACCCUCCGGGGUCACAAUUUGGUGACUUCCACCUGGCCUUUGAUCGGAUCCCGGAUGGAUCUGUCUCGAGUAUCUGUGGAAACCUUGCUAAAGGCCUGGGCUCUGAUUCUGGUCAAGAGUUUGAUAAUAUUGGGUGCGAAACACUGAGCGUGGCCGGGGCGGAAAAUGGCGUGCUCGCCACAGGAAACUCCAUGGCCGUCUCCUCACAGGUCGCAGUCAACAUCGACGAUGCCAUCAAAGACUUUAUGCCGACCUUCAACAGGGUACUUCAAUGCCAAUCUACUUCAUCUGAUGUGCCCUGUCUUGAGCUAGCCGACACCAUGCCCGUGGGACAGGAGUCACCAACGGUUGAUACCCUAGGUACAGGGUUGGUGCUCACAACCAUCGGGCAAACAUACAACAUCCAAGCUGGAGGACAGAUCGGCAUGAUAUUCUACAGCGCUGUUCACUCUGGCGCUCUCGCCACGUUGCAGUUGGACAAUGCUCUGACCAAUGCGAUCGGCAGCAUCUCCGCACAGGUCUACUCUCGAUUCCAAGAUCUUCCAGACUCCAGUUUGAUGGUGGCUGACGCCCCCAUUGGAGACACCGGCCUGGUAGUCAAAACGGUGGUGGAUAUCGGCCUCUUCAACUGGAAAGACAAGCGAGGGAAGAACCUCGGCCACAGCAUGUCCCAAGCCGAGUGGGACGUGCUUUUUUUCGACCUGUACAGUGAUGCAAUGUCCUUUUCACAGAAUGUCCUUGCCGCUGUGUAUUCUGCUGAGGCUGUUGGCCAUGGGCAGACUCCAGAUAUCUUUGUCAGCCUUGUGAUCGGACUUGAACUCUGA